ACAUUCCACAUCGAGGACCGUGAAGAUCCAAACUCAAACGAACAGCCAUGGACUCCAAGAUUGUAGUAUUCAUCUGUUUAGUAGGCGUGGCAAGUGCAAGUGUUAUCGCACCUGUACCUGUCGCCCGUGUAGAUCCCCUCCCGCAGUACUCCUACGGAUAUGACGUUCAGGAUACUCUCACUGGAGAUUUCAAAGGACAUCAAGAAAACAGGAAUGGCGAUCUCGUGACUGGAUCUUAUUCGGUUGUCGACCCUGAUGGCACUAGGAGGAUCGUGGAUUAUACAGCUGACCCCUUAAAUGGAUUCAACGCGGUAGUCCGCCGCGAGCCCUUGGUGGUAGCCGCUCCUGCUAGGGUGGUCGCUCCCGCUCCAAUCGUGGCCCCUGCCCCUGUGGUGGCCCCGGCGCGCGUGUUCGCGUCAGCUCCCAUUGUGGCACCGGGUCCUUACUACGCGCGUGCACCUUUUGCACCUGCACCACUCCUAGCCCCUAGACUACCAGCGCCUGUGUAUUUCUAGAUGAAUUUUACAAUUUUGUUGUUGCUGUUUGUACAUAAUAUUUUUAAACUCUUUUUAUGAUUGUUAUUUAAAUACUAUUAAAUUUUUAAAUUUGA